AUGAUGAUGAGUAAACAGAAAUCAACGACUUUAUCGCGGCAAACUACUCCUAUGGCUCGACAUACAAUAUGUGGUGUGAUCGAAACUUUAAGCGAUCAAUGUGUUUUAGAGUUGGAUGAUGUUAUUGUCGUUACUCUAUCCGAUAUAACACUCUUGGAAUCGACACGUGUCGAUUGUCCACAUAUACCACAACGAUUUAUUGUAUCUAAUGUUAAAUUGGAAAAUUGUGAUUGUUUUCCAAUACCAUUUACACUUUAUUAUAAUGAGGAAGAAAUUGAUGGAAAUCUAUGUUAUGGUAUACGAUGUGAUAUUUUAGAUAAAGACCAGCAAGUCAAAUACAGUUCGGACCGAUUCAUUGAUGUUCUUACUGACAAAAAUCCCAAAACAAAUGUACACAUUACUGUCAUACCAUCUGGCGAUCCUACAACAGCGGCUAACGACAAGACAGACGAUGAUGACUAG